CUUUUUUAUUCUCUUUACGUAUUAUUUUUCUUUUUCUUUUCCUAAGCAUCAUGGGAUCUUCACGAAAGCAUCACCGUCAAGACGAUUCAGGUGAACAUGAAAGACGACAUUCCAAAAGAUCUAGAAACAAGGACCAAGAUACCAAUAGAACUCACUUGGACGAACAGCUCAUUGGAACCAUUCAACCCAUUUCGACGGACGAUUAUUUUGAAAAGGCAAGUGAAUUUAGGAUUUGGUUAAAGGAAAAGAAACACAAAUACUUCAAUGAACUAGAUGCAGAUGACGCUCGUUAUUAUUUUAAAAAAUUUGUGAAAGCUUGGAACAAGUACGAAUUGGAUGAAAAAUAUUACAAAGGUAUCAACUCUGCCCACGUCUCAUCAUCAGAUACAACAUCUUACAAAUGGUCGUUUGCCAAGAAUUUGAAUACAGAAGAAUUGGAUUAUAUCAAGGAUAAAGUGGAUUCUAUGACAGGACGAGGAGAAAUUGAAUCGAAAACAUCAUCGUCAUCAGCAGUAACCACAGGAAAACGAAGAACCAAUGUAGGACCUAGUUUACCACCCACAUCUAGAUCAUCUAACCGAGAAGAUCAAAUUGAAAAAGAAGAACGAUGGGAGAAGGAACGUCAACAACGCAAAGCAGAAUAUCAAGCACAAAAACGUCGAACAAAUGAUUACAUCAAUGAAACAGUACCAAAAUUGGAAGGACGAGAAGCCAAAUUAGCGGAAAAACGGGCCACCAACUCACUAAGACGACGUGAACGAAGUCCUGAUGUAGAACUUAAUGAUAACGAUAUUUAUGGUAGUGGUGGCGAUGAUUAUAAAUCAAGAUUGGCAAUAGAACGACGAAAUCAAGAACGAAGACAAGCACGAUUUGAAGCAAAAAAGGAAGAACGUAUGGGACCCAUCAAGGAAAAAUUAGCAGACUACAAGGCAAAGGAAAACGAAACAAUGGCAAUGUUUAGGAAAAUGGCUGAAGAACAGAAACGAAGGGGUGGUUUAUGAAAAUCUUU